UGGAGAAAUUUGGAGGGUCUUUGCCGGUGCCGAACGUUCAAGAGCUAGUUAAGAAAGAACCGCACAUGAAACAAGUUCCGGCGAGGUACAUACGACGUCUUGAUCUUCAUCAAGACGACGAUAAUGAUUUUGCACCGCCCAAUAUUGUCGAUUCUUCCAGUUUACUAGAUCAAAUCCCUGUCAUCGACUUGCAUGCACUGCUUUUCUCUUCAGAUCAUGAUUUGUUUCAAUCUGAACUCCACAAACUGGACGAUGCCUGCAAAAAUUGGGGAUUCUUUCAUUUGGUUAAUCAUGGUGUAAGCACUUCACUUGUGAAGCAAAUGAAAUCAGAAAUAGAACAAUUCUUCGAUUCUCCCAUGGAGGAGAAGACUAAGCUUGAACAAGAACCAGGGGAUGUACAAGGCUAUGGCCAAGCUUUUGUUUUCUCCGACCAGCAGAAGCUCGACUGGUGCGACAUGUUGUACCUGCUUACUCUUCCUCUUCAUUUGAGAAAACCUCGACUUUGGAAAAAUCUCCCACCUUCUUUCAGUGAAACGCUAAAAGAAUAUUCAUCGGAGCUAAGCAAACUGUUCAUGAAGGUGCUAAACCUACUCGCGAAAAUACUAAACAUAGAUGAGGAGGAAAUUGAGGAUUUAUUUGAAGAAGGGAUGCAAUCGUCGAGGAUCAACUAUUACCCACCUUGCCCCCAACCAGACCUGGUCAACGGUCUAACUCCACACUCAGACCCAGUCGGGCUCACCAUCCUCCUUCAGGUCAACAAUGUCGAUGGUUUACAAAUACAACAUAAUGGUUCGUGGGUUCCAAUCAAACCACUUCCAGAAGCAUUCAUUGUCAAUAUUGGCGAUGCUUUAGAGAUAAUUAGCAAUGGAGCAUACAAGAGCAUUGAACAUAGGGCGAUUGUUCAUUCAGAAGUGGAGAGGAGGAUGUCUAUAGCGACGUUUAUCACUCCAAGAUUGGACGGGAAGGUUGGUCCAGCCAAAAGCUUGACGUGCCCUAAAACUGGAACAGGAACGGCGCCACAAUUCUGCACCGUAAGUGUAAUCGAUUUCAUCAAGGGAUAUAUUGGCCGUGAACUAGACCGUAAAUUCAAUGUGGAUGUAUUGAGAAUCAAAGGCAAGGAGGAUGAAGGUGAUCCAAAAGAGAAAUGA